GUGCUGGAGAAAAAUCACAUCUGCUGAGAAAGUGAUCAUCAGCACCCGUUUGAUUUAUUUAUUUCUAUUACACUGUAUCGAUACAUUGAUACAGUGUAGCCACACGGCGGUUUUCCGAUUCGCGUGGAUACAUUGUAGCGGGAAAGAAAAAAACAUUCACUUUAAACAUUCACUUUAUUCAAUAAUGUCUCGGCUCGGUUUAACAUAACUAGAACUGCUGAAUCACAUAUGUGACUCUCACAACAACAAGUGUUUGUAUUUUGCGCUUGAUUUAAAUAGAAAGAGAAAUGGCAGACAGCGGUCGGGUGAAACACGACAGCUCGAGCUCGAGCCCCGGAGCCGGCAGGAAAAGAGUGCAGCAGUCGCCUGGUUCAAAGGCGCGGUACUCGGUCAACGCUCCCGGACACUGCUUUCGGAAAGUGACCCUGACCAAACCGACCUUCUGUCAUCACUGCAGCGACUUUAUAUGGGGGAUUGUCGGGUUUGUUUGUGAAGUGUGUAACUUCAUGUCUCAUGAGAAGUGUUUGAAGCACGUCAGAACGGUGUGUUCCUGUAUGGCUCCUACUCAAGUUCGGGUUCCUGUCGCACACUGCUUUGGUCCAGCCGGUCAGAAGAGGAGGUUCUGCUGUGUGUGUCGGAAGCAUCUAGAAGGCAGCUCGGCUCUGCGCUGUGAAGUGUGUGAGCUGCAUGUUCACAGUGAUUGCGCCCCAUUCAGCGUUAGUGACUGUCGUUUCUGCCACCAAGAUGGCGAGCAAGACAUUGAUACGUACCAGCACCACUGGCGGGAGGGCAACAUGUCCUCAGGUACCCGCUGUGAGGUCUGCCGUCGCACGUGCAGCUCCUCGGACAUCCUGGCUGGCAUAAGGUGCGAAUGGUGCGGUAUUACGGCACAUGCAUCGUGUUGCAUAAUAAUUUUCCCAGAGUGCGGAAUGGGUCGCCUGCAGAAAAUGAUUCUUCACCCCAGCUGCGUUCGGAUCUGUUCACGAAACUUCAGCAAGAUGCACUGUUACAGAAUCUCAGAGAAUUCCCAGCAUGGAGAGAUGGAUAAUCUGGAUGAUGUUGAUGCUCAGAGUCCAGUAACGUCAAAGGACAGUCAGUCCACGGCACCACCUGACACGGGGAAACAGACACUCAAAGUUUUUGAUGGCGAAGAUGCAGCGAAGCGGAAUCAGUUCCGUUUGGUUUCAAUCCCUCGAAUAAUCAAGAAUGAGGAAGUGGUGGAAGCAGCACUUAGAACGUUUUACAUCCAAGAUGAGCCGCAAGGUUAUGAGCUUCAGAGUUACGGCCAGCAGGGACUGUUUACAGAUGACAUCAUCAACCGCAAUGGCACCCUGGACAACAAGCCAGUUUUUAAGGACAGUUUUCCUGAUUUAUGGGUGCUCAGGUCAAAACCCAAAGAAACAGAGGUGUUGAAGAUCUACCCUGGCUGGCUCAAGGCUGGAUUUACCUACAUCUCCGUUACUGCUGGGAAAAGCAGCACAGUAGAUUUAGUCAUAAAGGAAACGCUCUCACAACUUGGAAAACAGAAUGAAAACCCUGCUGACUUCAGCCUUGUUGAAGUUUUCAUGAGCAGCAAACAAGUUCAACGGCAAGUCCUGACUGGUCAGGAGCUUCUGCUGGACAAACUCCAGGAGAUCAGGAAGACAUCAUUGCGGCAGAUGAAUCAGACACGGUUUUACAUCGAGGAAAACAGGAAUCGAGUUGUAGAAGUGAAUCUGAUGCUGGGAGGCUUUCCGACACAACUCAGCAAAGACGAAUACACACACCUGCUGUCAGAGCACCUGGCCAUUAAGAGUCACCUGAUCACCAUCACUCACGUGUACGCCGAACAAGGUGCUGUGGUUCUGCAGACCAGCUGUUUCUCAGAAGCCGAGAGGAUUUACAUGCUGGCCAAAGACAUCAGCAUCAGCAGCAAACCACUCUACUCACUCGUUAUACCUGAGAUCAUGCAAAGCAAGCUGCCCAAAGGAAGUUGCCCCUUGCUGGUCUUUGUCAACCCUAAAAGUGGCGGGCUAAAGGGCAGAGAGAUCUUGUACAGUUUCCGGAAACUUUUAAACCCUCACCAAGUGUUUGAGCUGAGCAGUGGAGGACCACUUCCUGGACUGCACACGUUCAGGGACGUCCCUCAUUUCCGUAUCCUGGUGUGUGGAGGAGAUGGGACUAUGGGGUGGGUGUUGGGCGUUUUGGAGUCCAUUCGGCACAGAAUUGCUUGUCCAGAGCCAGCGAUCAGCAUCAUACCACUGGGCACUGGGAACGAUCUGGCCCGGGUGUUGCGCUGGGGGGCUGGUUACAGCGGCGAGGAUCCCUACAACAUCCUGGUGUCUGUGGACGAGGCAGAGGAAGUGCAAAUGGACCGCUGGACGAUUCUUCUGGACGCACAGGAAAUGACAGAGGAUGACAAGGAGAACAGCUUCCUAGAGCCACCCAAGAUUGUACAGAUGAAUAAUUAUUUUGGGCUGGGCAUUGAUGCUGAACUGAGUUUGGACUUUCAUCACGCACGUGAAGAGGAGCCAGACAAGUUUAACAGCAGGCUCCACAAUAAAGGUGUGUAUGUGAAGGUGGGCCUGCAGAAGUUGAGUCACACACGAAACCUUCAUAAAGACAUCCGACUGCAGGUGGACAAACAGGAUGUGGAGCUGCCCAGUAUAGAGGGACUCAUAUUCCUCAACAUACCCAGCUGGGGUUCUGGUGCUGAUCUAUGGGGGUCAGACAGCGACUCUCGUUUCGGGCGGCCUAGGAUAGAUGAUGGAAUGCUGGAGGUUGUGGGUGUUACUGGUGUGGUACAUAUGGGUCAGGUUCAAAGUGGGCUACGCUCUGGGAUUCGUAUCGCCCAGGGCAGCUAUAUUCGCAUCACUGUGACGAAACCCAUUCCAGUGCAGGUGGACGGAGAACCCUGGAUACAAUCACCAGGACAGAUUAUCAUCUCAGCCUCUGGCCCAAAGGUGUGCAUGCUGAAAAAGUCCAAAACCAAGCAGAAGAAGCAAUCUGGCAGUUUGAAAGAGGGCCGAUCCGACAGUCAAGCUCCCAGCGAUGGGUGACAGUGACGCCCUGGACCCCCUCCUUCAAAGGCAUAAACACUUUGUUUAUAGCUUAUAGUGGUCGCCUUGACAAGUUUUCCUGUGUAGGCCUCUGUUCUUUGUUCCAGUUUGGGUGGGAAUCAGAGUUAAUGGAGAAAACUUUAAACUUAAAAUUAAACUUUUAAAACUUUUUAAAAUUUAAAGUUUUAAUGUAGAGAUCUGCCAUCUUUAACAUCUGAGAGUCUCUAGUGUUUAGAAGGCCAGUUAGAUGACAGCAUAAUAGUGUUUUUCUCAGGAAUUUAGCUGCCUGCUGCCUGUUUAUGGCCUGUGAUUGCCUUAGAUCCUUGCUGGUGUAGAUAUUUUAUUUUUUAUCCUUUUAUUCUCAUUGCCAAUUUGUGUGGUUUUUUAUUUUGUUUUUGUUUCUUGUUAGGGUUUUGUUUUUUAUUUGUUUUGUGUUUUGUUCGGUUUUGUUUGGUUAGGGUUUUUUGUUUUGUUUGGUUUGGUUAGGCUUUUUUGUUUGUUUUGCUAGGGUUUCGUUCUUUGUUUUUGUUUCUUGUUAGGGUUUUGUUUUUUAUUUGUUUUGUCUUGUUUGGUUAGGGUUUUUUGUGUUUUGUUUGGUUUGGUUAGGCUUUUUUGUUUGUUUUGCUAGGGUUUCGUUUUUUGUUUUUGUUUCUUGUUAGGGUUUUGUUUUUUAUUUGUUUUGUGUUUUGUCUUGUUUGAUUAGGGUUUAUUUGUGUUUUGUUUUGUGUUUUGAUUGGGUUUUUUGUUUGUUUUGUUAGGGUUUCAUUUUUUGUUUUUGUUCGGUUUUGUUUGGGUAGGGUUUUUUGUUUUGUUUGGUUUGGUUAGGCUUUUUUGUUUGUUUUGUUAGGGUUUCGUUUUUUGUUUUUGUUUGGUUUUGUUUUGAUCAGGAUUUUAUUUGUUUUUAUAAAUUUUUUUGAGUUGGGUUUUUGUUUUGUUAGGGUUUUGUUUUUGUUUGAUUUGGUUAGGGUUUUUGUUUUGUUUUGUUAGGGUUUUGUUUUUGUGUUUGGUUUGGUUAGGGGUUUUGUUUUGUUAGGGGUAAGUUUAGGGUUUUUGUUUUGUUCUGUUAGGGUUUUGUUUUUGUGUUUGGUUAGGUUAGGGUUUUUGUUUUGUUCUGUUAGGGUUUUGUUUUUGUGUUUGGUUUGGUUAGGGUUUUUGUUUUGUUCUGUUAGGGUUUUGUUUUUGUGUUUGGUUAGGUUAGGGUUUUUGUUUUGUUCUGUUAGGGUUUUGUUUUUGUGUUUGGUUUGGUUAGGGUUUUUGUUUUGUUCUGUUAGGGUUAUUUUUUUAUUUUUUCAAAUGAACUUUUGUCUUAAAGUAGUCUAUCACUGACAUGUAAUGGAUGCAGGUUCAUAAUUGAACAAAUGAGUGAGCAGACAGUAUUUAAUCAAUUGACUGUGCUCAUCACAAAUGCCAAAAAACUGCAGCUGUGUUUUGUGGAUAAAAACCUCAUUUGGUCUUUAUAAUAAUUAUUGUUAAUGUCUCACUUGACAUUUAUUUAGAGUGGCAGCCCCUAGUAGCUUUUUACAAGUAUCAAAGCAAUGCAGUAUAUAUGUACGUACAUAUAAGUAUUGAACUGGAGUUCUUGUUCAUUAAGAGCACAUUUGAAUAUGUAGGUUGAUUAGAGAACAAUAACAUUUGUAUGUCAAUUUUGUAGCUGUACGACUCAACCUAAAAACAGCUGAAUUGUUGUGAGCAAACAAUGUGAAAUCAUUACAGCUUUUUGUAAAAUUAUCCGGAUAUAGACAUGAAAGGAUGAAUAUCAAUAGAUUUAUGAACCCGUUUUUGAAAAAUGUGGUACCAAAAAACCUGUGAAACCAUUUAAAGAAUAGAUGUGGAUUUUAUCGCAAUUCACAACGAAUGAAUGUUUGUAGAUUCUGAUGUUUGUUGAAACAAAUUCAUAACUUUUCCUCCACAUUCCACAUAAGAUCAUGUAGCCAGUGCAGUAUUUCUAAUUGUGUAGAGUUACUGAUGGUGCCAGUAUGUCUGACUGGUUGUAUCAAUGCUUUAUCUUCAUUGAUUGACAAUGUUUAUAUGAUCCUUUAAGCCAAGAGUAGCUUCAAUCAUGACUCAUCAUGUUGUGAUGGAAGCAUUGAUUUAUGUGAAUCGGUUACUGUUUUAUCUAAUAUAUUAGACAGUCGUGUAAGCUAUAAAGUCGUCUUAUUGUAAAGAUAUACAGUAGCUCCCUAGAGGCAAGCACAGAGCUGUAAUAUAAUAUAGUAUUAGUAGUAGUAGUAGGCUAGUAAAUCAUAUCUUGAGUGGCUUAUAUAUGUAGUUUCUGUACAGUGACUGGUCAGCUGUGAUCCAGCAGUAUGGAUUGAAAUGAGGCUGGCCUUAGAUUUGUAUGUAUGAUCAGUUGGACGCUCCACUCCCCUACAGAAUGCAUUAUCGGGAGGCCGUUUCCCUGGCAACAUACUGGAUGCAGGCCACAGCCUCUGCAACCAUGAGGCAAUUGUUUGAACUCAUCUACCUCGUCUUAUCGCACCACUCCAAGAAACAAGUUCUGCCAACCUCUUCCAGAGACCUAUAGACGUUUGAAUGUUCGAUCAAGUCGAUACGGGGUCAUUUGAAGCUUUAGGUCACAAUGUCACUGUGAUGCAGCUUGAAGACAGAUCCUAUCAGAAAACGGAAGAUAUCUCCAUUCCAACCAUAUCACUGAUUCGCCCUCUCUCAUGUCGAUUGUUGCAACGUGUACAGUUGUGAUUUUCGCAUCAGUUGUGCCUGUUGCCAUGAUGACCCCUCGGAUUGACAUGCUGUUCUGUGGUGUGGUUUAGCCUGAGCUCUGCGUAUAGGGCCUCAUUUAAGUGCUUCUAGAACGUCUGCGGUAUGUGUGCGUGUAACUCCAUGCCAUCUUCUGUUUGUUCUGCUGGUUCAGUGGCUACCAUGUAGAACUGUGCUGUUCUAGGUCCUUUAGAGUUGAUGUGCCUCCUAAUAGGGGGGAUCUCAUGAAAACGUGUCCAGGUCACAUUUCAUCCCAAAACAAUUUCUUGUAUUGGUAACACUUUACAAUAAGGUUGUAUUCGUUAACAUUUGUAAAUGCAUUAGGAAUCAUGAACUAACAAUGAACAAUAUUUUUUAGAGCAUUUAUUAAUCUUGGUUAAUGUUAAUUUAU